UGUCGCGUGCCCCAACCAUCCAUCCCCCUAUAUCUGCUCUCCAUUUUCGUUGCAUCUGUUUCCCGACCCCCGCUCUCUCUCUCUCCAUCUCUUCCGCUUCUGCAAUCAUGAAGGGUCCGGGUUUGUUCUCUGACAUCGGGAAGAAGGCGAAGGAUCUGCUUACGAAGGAUUAUAGUUACGACCAGAAAUUAACAAUUUCAACCCGGAGCGCCACCGGAGUGGCUCUUACUUCUGGUGCUGUUAAAAAGGGGGGUCUGUAUGCACUUGACGUUUCUACCCAAUACAAUUAUAAGAACACCCUUGUUGAUGUCAAAGUUGACACUGAUUCUAAUAUCACAACUACAUUUACGGUCUUGGAGGUUCUGCCAUUUACGAAGACUAUUGCUACAUUGAAGCUACCAGACUACAACUCUGGAAAGCUGGAGGUUCAAUAUUUUCAUGACCAUGCUUCCUUGUCUUCUGUUGUGGCUUUGAAGCAAACUCCAGUGGUUGAUCUUUCUGCUUCUUUUGGUGCCCACGGCAUUGUUUUUGGUGCAGAAGCCGGUUUUGAUACUUCUGCAGGAAAUUUUACCAAGUACAAUGCUGGAGUUGGCCUCAAAAAGCCCGAACAUGAUGUUUCUGUGAUUUUAGCUGAUAAGGGCGACACACUGCGAGCAUCAUAUGUUUAUCACUUGGAUGAGAAGCAGAAGAGUUCCGUUGUUGGGGAGAUCAAUAGAAGGUUUUCCACCAAUGAAAACAUCUUCACUGUUGGAGGAGCAUAUGCAGUAGAUCCCCAGACAACUGUGAAGGCUAAACUGAACAACUCCGGGAAGCUCGCAGCCCUUCUACAACACGAGGUGAAGCCCAAAUCAAUCCUGACAAUUUCCGGUGAGUUCGAAACCAAGGCUUUGGAUAGGACUCCAAAGUUUGGCCUUGCACUGGCACUCAAGCCUUGAUUGAUCAACUGUUACCGUUGAAAUUCAAAAUUUCUCUUCAGUUUUUACUGAUAAAUAAAAAACAUUCUCCACAAUCUCCACAAUCUGGUUGUAUUUUGUAUUAGUUUCGUAGGUAUUCUGUGACCACUGAUCUGUGUUAUAUUCUUCAAGGCAUUUUUUGACCUGGCACAAGUUCGUUUGUGAUGACCUUUUUCUGUUUUGUGCUGUGAAAAUUCUCACAUGCUGAGUUAUUUAUUCUCUCAGAGAUUUUUUUAUGUAAACCUUGCUAUUCCUUCAGCAUCUUUACCUGCUAGAGAAUAUUGGUGAUUUCUAAGUUAUUGUUGAUUUUGGAAUUCA